CAAAGAAGUAGCGUUGUUAGAAAUCAGUAUCGUCUGCUUUGUUCAAUCAAAGCCACGUUAUUUUUUGUUUGGUAAUUUUACUUAAGGAACAUUCAAAUGCAAAUCGAUUCUGCAUUUAAGCAACGGCGUUUGACGCCAACAAAUGUGUGUGUAUUUGCAUUUGGACUAGUCGUAGGAUUUGCAAUUUGCUCCCUCACGUCAUUGAAUUUUUGUAUGGAAGAGAGUUCUAAAAUAAGCCUGGUUCCGAACAACACUGUUAAAACCGUAACUGAUAAAACUUUGGUCGAGAUGCAACACGACAAAGAACUGAAUUCUUCAUUGGCCAAAGAACUUUUGCUCAGGGUGGAAGAAAUGGAGGCGAGAAAACUGGCCGAAAAAGUGCGCGUUCUUUGCUGGGUGAUGACCGCCCCUGAAAACCACGAAGAAAAGGCUGUCCACGUAAAAGCCACUUGGGGACGGCAUUGCAACAAGCUCAUUUUUAUAAGCAACAAGGAAGAUAAAAGCCUCCCGGCAUUGGCAUUACCAGGAGUUAAGACGGGAAGAGAGGGACUGUGGAGCAAAACUGUCGCCGCUUUUAAAUAUGUCCACGAAAAUUGCAGCGACGAAUAUGACUGGGUGAUGAAGGCUGAUGAUGACACUUACGUAGUUGUAGAAAAUUUGCGCAAAAUGCUUUUGCCGUAUCCACCAAAGGAUCCACAUUACUUUGGGUUUAGAUUUAAAACGCAUACGCCUGUAGGCUACAUGAGUGGAGGAGGAGGUUAUGUGCUCAGUAAAGAGGCGGUUAGACGAGUUGUUACUGAAGGGUUUGAUGGGAAGAUAAAAGACUGCAGAUUAAGUACCGACACCAAUGCCGAAGACGUCAAUAUGGGAGACUCCAGAGAUGCCCUCGGGAGAAAUCGUUUCUUCCCAUUUGACCCCCAACAACACACUCACGUUGACACAAGUGCAAGGGGCUGGUGGUAUUGGGAUUAUAUUUGGUGGCCGACUGAAGAGGAGGUCGACAAUUGCUCUGAUGAGGUUGUCUCUUUUCAUUACUUGGAUAAAUUCAAAAUGUACAUGAUGGAGUAUCUGGUUUACCAUGUAAAACCUUUCAGCGUGCGACAUUUAAAAAAAUAUGAUAACAUGGAGUAUAUCCAGAGCUUACAGACAGAUAAGAAAAGCUCAAUAAAAAUAUAGUAUUGUAUUUUUUUAUUAAAUCUCAAAAAUGUAAAGUAUUUACAAUUGUAUUUAAUUAUAACAAAAUUAUAUAUUCCGGGAAAAAAAUAAUAAUGGCGUUCUCACCCUGUGGAUGUCAAAAGUGUAACUGACAAAAUUGAUUUAAUUUGCUGAUUACGUACGUAAAUCUUGGCAAAUCUAAUAAAUUGAAAACAAAAAUUAAAACA